AUGUGCAUCAGAUGUUUCAAGAGAGGCGAAACUCGGGAGAAUUAUGCAGAAUUCAUAACAGGACAGGAAGAAAUUCCUUCACAUCUGACCCACUUUAAACCUCUGACCCCAGAGCAGGACGACCCGCCCCUCCGAUCUGCCUACAGCUCAUUCGUCAGCUUGUUUCGUUUCAGUAAUAAAGACGAGGGGCGACCUCUUUCCUCGCUCACAGAAAAGUCUGAUGUUUCCACCCCGUCUCCUCAGUCUGAGAGGAGGAGCUGGUCGGUCAGUCCGUCCCUCUCUGGUCAUGGAUCCCCGUCCAACCGGAAGCAGCGCUCAGACCAUCUGCGACGCACCUCCACCGCCUCAGACAGCAGUAGGAAGUCUGACUCCCCUCUGAACAGUCAUGACCCGCGCACUGCUGUGCAGCUCCGUACAGCGCUGAAGAGGCUCAAGGAGAUCAUGGAAGGAAAGAGUCAGGACAGCGACCUGAAGCAGUACUGGAUGCCCGACAGCCAGUGUAAGGAGUGUUAUGACUGUAAUGAGAAGUUCACUACAUUUCGCCGCCGCCACCACUGCCGUCUCUGUGGACAGAUCUUCUGCAGUCGUUGCUGCAAUCAAGAAAUUCCUGGAAAGUUUAUGGGAUACACAGGAGACCUCCGCGCCUGCACAUACUGCCGUAAACUGGCCCUUAACUAUGCUCAGACUGAGUCUGGCUCUAUUGGAGAAGACCUCAGUGCUCUGUCCGACUCCUGCUCCGUGAGUGUCCUGGAGCCCAGUGAGCCCCGCACUCCUGUGGGCGGGCGUAAGGCCAGCAGGAACAUCUUCCUCGAGGAAGAUUCUACAUGGCAAAGAAAAACUCCUGUUGGGAUGAGAAAGACUAUGCAUCACCAGGAACCUCAGAACUCGGGUCUUAACUCCAGACUGUCCACAUUGCAAGAAGACAUUGGAAAAUCUCCAGCAAGGAAGCGGUCUGCAAGUGUGACCAACUUAUCUCUGGAUCGCUCUGGAGGAACCAUGGGGCCUUCCUAUGAGAGCUCCGUCAGCCCGCCUCCCAGCCGCACAAUCUCUGCUUCCAAAAGUGGCUCCAAAAUGGACCACAGAGAGGAGGAAGAGAGAAAGAUUUUACUGGAUUCGUCGCAGCUAAAGGAAUUGUGGAAGAAGAUCUGCCACAACAGCACUGGCAUGGAGUUCCAGGAUCAUCGAUAUUGGCUGCGGACAUACCCGAACUGCAUUGUGGGAAAGGAACUUGUCAACUGGCUACUUCGAAAUGGUACCAUCUCCACGAGAGCUCAAGCAAUAGCUAUUGGUCAAGCAUUGGUGGAUGGUCGGUGGUUUGACUGUGUCACCCAUCAUGACCAACUGUUUCGGGAUGAGUAUGCACUCUACCGCCCUCUUCAGAGUACAGAGUUUUCAGAGACGCCCUCUCCCGACAGCGACAGUGUCAACUCCAUAGAAGGACAGUCUGAGCCCUCCUGGUUCAAAGAUAUCAAGUUUGAUGACAGUGACACAGAUCAGCUGGCAGAGGACUACACCAUGCCCAACUCAGCCAGCCCCAGUAAGAGGACGUCGGUCAGCAGUUUCCACUCCGUGGUGGACAGCGACUCUGCUGCCUCCAUAAACCUCAAUAUGGAACAAAACAAUGUCAACUUUCACAUCAAGAAACAGGCCAAGUAUCCACACGUCCCGGUUACCAAUGAGCAGAAAGCUGCAGCGGAUGUGUUUGUUUCUGAGGACGGAGGGCAGAACAUUGUCAUCAGUGAUGCUUUCAUUCAAGAAUCUUUGUUCAAUCGUCGUGUGGAGGAAAAGGCAAAGGAGAUGCUGUUCACUCCCCUGGGCUGGCACCACAGUUCUCUGGAUCAGCUGCGUGAAGAGAACGGCGAGAAGAAGGCCAUGGAGAGGCUGCUUUCAGCCAAUCACAGCCACAUGAUGGCGCUGUUGCAGCAGCUCCUGUACAGUGAGUCUCUGUCUCUGUCCUGGCGAGACAUCAUCGUCCCUGUGGUGCGGCAGGUCGUCCAGACGGUCCGCCCUGAUGUCCGCAACUGUGACGAUGACAUGGACAUCCGGCAGUUUGUCCACAUUAAGAAGAUUCCGGGAGGGAGAAAGUUUGACUCGACAAUGGUGAAUGGUUUUGUGUGCACCAAGAACAUCGCUCAUAAAAAGAUGAAUCCUUACAUCAAGAAUCCUAAAAUCCUGCUGUUGAAGUGCUCCAUUGAGUAUUUGUACAGAGAGGAGACCAAGUUCACCUGCAUCGAUCCCAUCGUGCUGCAGGAGAAAGAGUUCCUGAAGAACUAUGUCCAGCGCAUUGUGGAUGUGCGUCCCAAUCUGGUGCUGGUGGAAAAGACGGUGUCGCGUAUAGCACAGGACAUGCUGCUGGAGCACGGCAUCACGCUGGUCAUCAACGUCAAACCGCAAGUGCUGGACAGGGUCAGCCGGAUGACCCAGGGGGAUCUGGUUUUGUCCAUGGACCAGCUCCUCACAAAACCACGUCUGGGAACCUGCCACAAGUUCCACAUGCAGCCGUUCACUUUGCCCCACGACGAAGUGAAGACCUUGAUGUUUUUCGAGGGGUGUCCCGCUCAUCUGGGAUGCUCCAUAAAGCUACGCGGAGCCUCGGAGUAUGAGCUGUCCCGGGUCAAAGACAUCAUCAUGUUCAUGGUGUGUGUGGCCUAUCACUCACAGCUGGAGAUCUCCUUCCUCAUGGAUGAGUUUGCCAUGCCUCCAAACGUGGCUCCAAACACAUCCUUUCCCUGUCUGCUCGAGACAUCCAACACAGAGGGAGAGGAAAGGGAGCAACAAGAAGGUGAUGGGAAGGUGAGUGUGUGUCCAGAGGCCGCGGAUGGACCCUUAGAAGAGGAGGAUUAUACUACAGACAACACUCCUCUCAUGGACACUGCAGAUGUCAGGACUUCCUCUCCAUUUCCCAGCCCGCCUGCCCCUCCUUUAAUCGUGGCACCACCUUUCCUCCUGGGCUCUGACACUUUGACUUGUGGCUCUGAGGGUGAAGCAGCAGGAGAGGAGCGAGGAGAACUGGAGGAGGAAGAGGAGGAGGAGGAGGAGACUUCAGAGACUUCACCUCCCAAACUGUUCCGAGACCCUCUGCAAGACGAUACAGGGCUGUUUGUGGCAGAGCAGGUGACCUCGUCAGAUGACCGCCUGAAAACCCUUUCUGUCACUUUCAAACAAGAGCUGAAAGAUAUAAUCCUCUGCAUCUCACCCUUCAUCACCUUCAGAGUGCCGUUCCUCCUCACUCCCCCCGGCAUGCACUGCCCCAGCCGGGACUAUUUUCCUGAACAGGUUUAUAUCUCCCCGCUCUUGAACAAAGAUCUGAAGGAGCUCGACUGCCGUAAAAAGAGACAGCUGCUCAAAGAGGGCUCUCCGUCCUACGUCAGUGUCAACGGUUCUGUCUCGGUCAAAGCCAUGGACGUCCUUCCCAGCCACACUCUCACCAGCUCCCGCAUCACGGAGCAGCUGAACACCAGUCAGGACCUGGCCAAGAUGGUGGCAGACUACAGGGCCAAGGGCGGCCGCAUCCGGCAAAGAGACGGCAGCGACCAGUUCUUCUCUCCCGGGGUCAACGGCCACAGAGCAGAGGUCAAAUGCCCGGUCAAAGCAGACAGUGAAGAGGAGAGGCCCAGCAAAGCCCAUGACAUAAGCUGGGCCCCUAAACAGCUGGACUGUCUGAGUCCGACCAACCACCAGAGGCUGUGUGUUCUCUUCAGCAGCUCGUCUGCACAGUCCACCAACGCCCCCAACCCCUGCGUCAGCCCCUGGAUUGUCACGAUGGAGUUCUAUGGAAAGAAUGAUCUUUCUCUUGGUGUAUUUUUGGAGAGAUAUUGUUUUAGGCCUUCUUACCAGUGCCCCAGUAUGUAUUGUGAAACUCCCAUGGUGCACCACAUCCGCCGGUUCGUGCAUGGAAACGGCUGUGUGCAGAUCGUGCUGAAAGAGCUGGACUCCCCUGUGCCUGGAUACCAACACACCAUCCUCAACUACUCCUGGUGUCGGAUUUGCAAACAAGUCACUCCAGUCGUGCCUCUGUCCAACGACUCAUGGUCCAUGUCUUUUACUAAAUACUUGGAGCUUCGUUUCUACGGUCAUAAGUACACGAGGCGGGCGAACGCAGAGCCCUGUGGACACUCCAUCCAUAAAGACUACCACCAGUACUUUUCAUACAAUCAGAUGGUGGCUUCUUUCAGUUAUACGCCGGUCCGAUUAUUGGAAAUUUGCCUUCCUCGUCCUAAGAUUUUUAUCAGAAAUCAGGGACCAUCUAAAUCCAGCCUUCAACAAGAUCUUAAGGAAUUUUCUUUAAAAAUCAGUCAAGUGUACAUGGCCAUCGACGACAGACUCACUUCCCUCAAGACUGACACAUUCAGUAAAACACGGGAGGAGAAAAUGGAGGAUCUGUUUGCUCAAAAAGAUAUGGAAGAGGCGGAGCUCAGAAACUGGAUUGAAAAGCUCCAGGCUCGUAUGCAGAUGUGUGGUGCUGACGCCCCGCAGCAGCUGCAGUCCAUCCUGGAGUCUCUGCUGAUGAAGAAGCAGAGUCUGUGUGAGAUGUUGCAGUCCUGGAACAACAGGCUUCAAGACCUGUUUCAGCAGGAGAAAGGCAGGAAGCGCUUGUCUGUCCCUCCAAGUCCAGGGCGACACCGGCAGAACACCUCAGAGGACAAGGGCGCUGUGGACUCCUCUCCUCGAAACCCGUCUCCUGUUGUACAAAAUGGGGACAAGGAGGACCGUUACCUGACGCCGAUGCCCUCUGGCUCCUCCUCCGCUGUACUGCCCUCUCCUGGAGACGCCGCCGCAGAAGCCACGGCGUCUGGGCCUUCUUUCACGGAGCCGGAUUCAGUUAGCAUCCCAGAAGAUGUGUUUGACGGACACUUACUGGGCUCCACUGACAGUCAGGUCAAAGAGAAAUCCACCAUGAAGGCCAUCUUGGCUAACUUCCUGCCAGGAAGCAGCUACAACCCCAUUCCAGUUCCAUUCGAGCCAGACAAACAUUACCUGAUGUACGAACACGAGCGAGUGCCGAUCGCAGUGUGUGAGAAAGAGCCCAGUUCAAUCAUCGCCUUCGCUCUGAGCUGCAAGGAAUAUAAAACUGCACUGGACGAUCUAUCAAAGACUCCCAGCACAGGAGGAGAGGACUCCUCCCCCGCCAACAGUUUCAGUUCUGAGAGUCGGGUUAAGAGCAGUCCAGCGAGGCCCAGUGACUCAUCGCUGCAGAGCCGCAGCAGCCUGGACACAGAUCCUCUCAAAGAUGCAGAUGUUUCCGACAAACUCAAGAAACAAACGUCCAAUCCUCACAUUGAGCUACAAUUCUCCGACGCCAACGCCAAGUUUUACUGCCGAAUAUAUUACGCCGAGGAGUUUCACAAAAUGCGAGAAGUCAUCAUGGAAAGCUCCGAAGAGGAUUUUGUGCGGUCUCUGUCGCACUGCGUGAACUGGCAGGCCCGCGGCGGGAAGUCAGGGGCUGUGUUUUAUGCCACGGCCGAUGACCGGUUCAUCCUGAAGCAAAUGCCCAGACUAGAAGUUCAGUCUUUCCUGGAUUUCGCUCCUCAUUACUUCACCUACAUCUCUGGAGCCACGCAGCAGACGCGACCGACGGCACUCGCAAAGAUCUUGGGCGUUUAUCGAAUUGGCUACAAAAACUCCCAGAACAACACAGAGAAGAAACUGGACUUGUUGGUGAUCGAGAACCUCUUCUAUGGACGAAAAAUGGCUCAGGUGUUUGACCUCAAAGGCUCCUUGAGGAACCGUAACGUGAAAACUGACUCUGGGAAAGAGAGCUGUGAGGUGGUUCUGUUGGAUGAGAACCUCCUGAAGCUGAUCCACGAUAACCCGCUCUACAUCCGCUCCCACUGCAAGUCCAUCCUCCGGGCCGCCAUCCUCAGCGACGCCUACUUCCUGUCCAGUCACCUGAUCAUAGACUACUCGCUGCUGGUGGGGCGGGACGACGCCACGGACCAGCUGGUGGUGGGAAUCAUAGAUUAUAUCCGGACAUUUACCUGGGAUAAGAGGCUGGAGAUGGUUGUCAAAUCUAUGGGAGGACAAGGAAAGAUGCCCACAGUGGUCUCUCCAGAGCUGUACAGAGCCAGGUUCUGUGAGGCCAUGGACAAGUACUUCCUGAUGGUGCCAGACCACUGGACUGGACUGGGAAUCAACUGCUGA